CAAUUAACCCGUUCAUGCACUCAUCGUUUUCGGAGCCAAAUUCGCCGUUGAAAGAGGUGCUCGUAGAUAAGUGGCAGACAGCCUCAUGCAGCGAUUUGGGCGAAGAAUAUGUAAAACCGGGACCCCUGGCGAGAGCAAAAUUCAACGCGUUGCGAAAUAAACGCGAAGCAAUUGAUCGAUUUUUGAAAAAGCACCGAAAAGAGGAUCUCAGCUUAUAUAUUGACGAACUCCGCGAUUUUGCGAUUUCACCCGGCGGGCUUGUGGACGAUGAGUUCCGCGCCGUCAUUUGGCCAGUUUUAUCCGCGAAUUUAGUGCAAAACGAUGAUUUAGACGAUGUUUCUUCGUCCUACGACUCGGAUUUCGAAUCUGCGCAGUCGGAUUUCGACGAGGAGCCUGCUUAUGAGGAAAGCGAGGAGCUGACACUAGAAGAUUUAAAAGGCCACAAAGAAUGGAAUCAAGUAGAAUUGGACGUUCAUCGGACGCUUUCCAGGUUCCCACCGAACAUAUCAGAUACCCAUCGAGACGUGCUUCAAACCGAACUCAUUCCAUUAAUUGUACGGGUGCUCAGUAUUAAUCCACGGUUUAAUUAUUAUCAGGGUUUCCACGACAUUUGCCUCACAGUACUUCUAGUUUGCGGCGAGGUAGAUGCUCUCCCAGUCUGCUCAAAUCUCGCGAAAAAUGGCUCAUUCAACAACUAUUUGCUAAAAACUCUCGAAAAAUCCGUAGUCCGAGAGCUGGAUCUCCUCUACGUCAUCUUGUCACGUGUCGACCCAUCUUUGGAGCAAGUUAUGCGAUCCGUCGAGCUCGGCACCAUGUUCGGACUCUCGUGGCCGUUGACCUGGUUCUCACAUACACUGAAGCAAUAUCAGCAGAUUGUUCGAUUUUUCGACGUCUUCCUCGCCUCCUCGCCACUGCUUCCGAUCUACGUGUCGGCGGCUGUCGUCGUGUUUCGACGGGCAAGCAUUCUGGCUUGUGAGCGAGAAAUGCCAUUUCUACAUCGUCUGCUCACCGAAAUGCCCCACGAGUUGCCCAUCGACACGAUCAUCAAGGAUUCUGUAUACUUGUCAAAACUAAUGCCGCCGUGCCUUCUCAAAACGAAAUACACGAACGAAUAUCGAAAAAUUGUCUCAAAGCCAUCGAAAGCCGCCGUGAAAACCAUCCCAAGAUACGCGCUUCAGUUCAUGUUCGUCGCCGGAACCGUUGGCGCGGCCGCCAGCUUCUUCUUCUUCAAACAAAUUCAUCCAAUGUGAUAAAUGUUCCCCGCCAAAAUGUUCAUAUUACCCUCGAAAUUUUGCACGAAAACUACGAUACAGGGUCUUGAAACGACACUUUUUUUUUGUGAUUUUCAACACUUUUCGUGUUGAGACCCAUUACCGUAUUCUUCCAGCAAAAAUCGCUACCUCCCAUGUCUGUAUAGUCUUCCUGUCCCACUUUUUCCGAGCUUUCCUUCUUCUAGUAUUAGUAUAGAUAUCGUCGAUUAUUUUUAGCACUAACUAUAUUUCGCGCAUUCCAUUUUUCUGGAUCCAAGUAUUUCAUCUUUUUCUAUAAUAAAUUCCAGUUCAAUUUUUAAA